UGACAAGUUAGUUUCGAGAUUUUAGGUAUAUUGCUAAUCUGUUUUUUUUUAAUACUGUUAAUAUUUAUCGAAAAAAUAUUACGACUUUUCUGAUAUGUAGUAAUAGUUCAAUUGUUUCAUGAUCUUUUUGUAACAUAGUUAGGACAUGUAAUCGUUCUAUUUCAUGGCAGACGAAUUGCGCGCUUUUCUGGGCGGGAAUAUUACUUUUCAAAAUUCUACCUGAAAUCGCCGCGUUCUUGAUUGGAAUUGCAUCACUGCAGAUUAGUGUUUAUUUGCUUUGUUAUGAGAAUAAAAAGAAAACAUCUGAUUGAAAUGCUAAUCUAGAUGAAGCUCUCAGAAACUUCGUCUGUACGACAAAAGGAAAAUAUUGCUGUUUGGAACAGAUGACAGUAGAUUGUUUUGAUUUUUCUGUUCCAUAAUUCAUGUUUAAAACAACAUGUUUAAAGUACAAGAUAAUCCAGAUGGAUCCACAAGCAUUUAUUGCAAGAAUAGUGGGAACCUUUUAUGCACUAUACCAGGGAAAAGAAAUUGUAGGGCCCCUAGAAGGGUCAAUGUUGUAGAGCCACAACGUGUCUGUAGGACUCGGGCAUCAUUGAAUUCAAAUUGGAAUCACUUUAAAAUACCAGAUGAGUCUUUGAGGGAUGAGUCUGCUCGACUUAAUGAUGAAAACGAAGGGAAACCUAGAACCAGACAGAGUAAAUGCUGCCUCUCACCAAUACCCAUUAGUGUGGAUGGCGACCAGAGUGAAGAUUAUUUUGAUGACUGCAUCACUCAAGAUGAAUUUGCCAAAUGUCUCAAUCUGAUAUCUAAAGAAAAGCUGCAAACAGAAUCCAAAGACCGUCUUUUGGCUGAAUAUCCUUUGCGACUUCUGUCCAGGAGCAAAGCUUAUCGGACACUUGAAGAUUCUCCUGCAGAGGAUUUGCGGGACUUGAAACUGCCUGAUGAUAUGCCCCUCACAUCCUGUUUAGGGAUGAAGAUUCUACAACUCAAUGAGGAACGUAAUUUUGUAACGGAAAUGAAGAUAAUGAUGUCUUUGAGACGAUAUGAUGACUAUUGUCGAAUUCCGUUCAAUACCAACAAGCCAAGCGCUUGCAACUUUCCAAAGCUUCGUUGCAGAGAAAAAAAAACUUAUCCUAUAACAUCAUUACUUAAGAGCUCCAAGCAUGAAGCCAAUCACUUUUAUACCUACGGACGGCGGCAACGAAUGGAUCGAAUUAUUACACUCAAAACAGGUCUAGAUGCUAGAAGUCGAAGAUUAUUGCGUUUAUGCAACAAACAAAAGUGGAUUGUCGAAUUGAAAAAACUUACACAAGAAGAAAUCGAAUCUUGGAAAAAUAAAUCUAUUCCAUCAGAUGAGCAAUUUUCUCUUAUAGAACAAUCAAACCUGCCAACUAUAGAAAUACUCAGGCCUAAUACUGUUCCUACUUCUAGUAGCUCAGACUUAUCUUGGAAAGAAAUUCGUGCUCUUCUUCCUCCUGGCACAAGUCUCUUAAAAAUCGCACUUAAAGCACCGGAGGCAAGUUCUAGUAGCUUAAAACAACACAAGAAGAAGUGCCGUGGAGUUGCUAUGACAGAUGUAACAAAUUAUAUUACAAAACGAGAAGAUGGUUUUUAUUAUUUUAAAAACCAAUCCAUACGUAUUCCUUUCUAUGAGGAAUUUUUGUCUUCGCUACGGAUGAAGAAGUUGCUGAACAACAGAAGGGUGACAGAGGGAAGAAAUCCCAAUCUGAAUAAGAGUCAAAUGACUCGGUUUCAGAAAUCAGUUUCUAUUUUGAAGCCACUGAUUAUAAACAGUAAUGUAACUGGCAUAUCUGGAUUUCGGUACUCAAAUAUGAAUUUCCCAAAAGUAGCAACAGCUCAGAAUUUUUCAGAAAAGAUUGCUAAAUACUCUUCAGAAAUAGCGAUUUCUCAAAAUGUAGCGACCCAUGGUCUAACAGAAAUUAAAAUAAAAAGGCAGGAAGGUAUGGCAACACCUAUAAAAGAAAGGCUAUCAUCUACACGAUUACUUCGAACUUCAGCUGGUGAAACAAGACAAACAGAAGUUCCUGUCAUUGAUCUCACUGGGGAUUCACCACCAGAGAAACCUGUUAUCAAGCAAUUUGUGCCUAAAACAGAGAGAUUAGUGAUAUCUCAAUGGAAAUUCACUUGUUUCAGAUGUGGGUACAAUCAUUUUUAUUUAAGCCAUACAUAUGAUCGUCACUCUGUUGAAACAGCAGUGCAUGAGCAUAUGAACAGGAUCCAUUCAGUUGCAAAUCCAGAGUCUUCUCUAUCACGGUACAUUGAUCGAGUUAACAAAUGUGCAGUUAUUGAAGCCUUCACUGACCUCCAAGUCAGAGAAGGCAAAUUGUAAAAUGUUCAUUGUUAGGGAAGAUAUAUAUCAAGAAAACCUCUCAUUUAGCUCUUCAUUUUAAAAUUCUAAU